AAAAAAGUAAACUUGCCGAAGGAAGGAAAGGAAAAUUAAAUAUUGUAUUCUAUUUGGAUAACUUGAACAAAUUAUAAAAUUUUAACAGAAAAUAAUAUUUAAACAAAAUGCUUAAGGGUAUGGUUAGUUUAGUUACCGGUGGUGCUUCAGGUCUGGGUAAAGCCACAGUUGAAAGGUUCAUUAACCAUGGCGGAAGGGUUGUUAUCCUUGAUCUUCAGGCCACACGAGCAGAGCAAGUGGCUAAACAAUUUGGCAGUGAAGUUAUAGCUUCCCCAGGUUGUAUCACAUCCGAGGAUGAUGUGAAGAAAGCCCUCCAGCUGGCCAAGGACAAGUUUGGGCGGCUAGACACACUAGUCAACUGUGCCGGACAUGUUGCUACGCACCAGAUAUACAACUUCAAUAAAGACAGACCAUGUGACCUGGAAGGUUUUCAGAAAUGUGUUAAUAUAAAUACAAUAGGCACAUUCAAUGUGACCCGCCUGGCUGUGGGACUGAUGGGUCAAAACAAGCCCAAUGAGCAGGGACAAAGGGGGGUGGUAGUCAACACUGCUUCCACAAUAGCUUAUGAAGGUGAUAUAGGGCAGGCCGCCAUCGCUGCAUCCACAGCUGGCAUCGUGGGCAUGACAUUACCCAUAGCCAGGGACCUGGCGCCCAGAGGGAUCAGGGUGGUCACUAUUGCUGCCGGUAUUUUCGACACUCCCCUAGUCUCAUACUUACCAGAGAAAAUGGUAGAGUUCCUCAAACGUAUGACUCCAUUCCCCUCGAGAUUAGGCAAGCCGGAAGAAUUCGCCCAUCUCGUGUCAAGUAUCGUAGAAAACCCGAUGUUGAACGGCGAGGUCAUACGAUUAGACGGAGCGCAAAGGUGGUUCCCCCUGUAAUAUUAGGCCAAAGUUAAUGUUAAGUUUGUAGAA